AGAGAGUCCCGCUCAUCCCACAGCCAGAAACACCGUCAAACUGAGCAGACGGACGGCCGCCGCGGAGCUCCCCCCCCCCGGACAAAAACACGACAAAACAACGCCGAUAACCCCUCCGACAUUCCGCUCUUGUGGGACUUUUACAACAACAUUAAUGCCUCGAAAGUGAAGCGGGCAAGAGGAGGGCUCGUUGCUGUUCACCUUCCCGUCGGUUAAAGGCGUAGAGGACUAGCCGCUGGUCUCUGGAGGUUAAAGAUGUGCGAUGGGACCAUGGGAGCCCUGUCCUCCUGGCAGCAGACCGCCCACCGCCUGACUGCCUCGGCUCUGCUCCUGCUCUGCGCCCUGCUCCCCCACGGCCACGCUUCAGGAUGUGCGCGGCCGCCCGGGGUGCAGCACGGGGACCUGCUGAACCAGACGGAGGCAAACCGCGGCUCCUUCCCCCCAGGGACCCUGCUCUCCUACAGCUGUGAGCCCGGAUACAGCGCCGAGGGCCCAGUGAGCAUCAUCUGCACCAGCCUGGGCACCUGGUCCCACCCACCGCCGCGCUGCGUCCGCAACAACGUGUGUCUGCCUCCCACCGAGCCCGAGAACGGAGGGUACCGCUGCCACCCGUCGCCCUGCCACCGGCUCACCCACAAAACCGUCAUCGAGUACUUCUGCGACGAGGGAUACGCGCUCAAGGGCGACUACAAGUUCCUCACCUGCCAGAACGGGGAGUGGGACUCGCCCAUGCAGGUCAGCUGUCGGCUCACACAAGAUAAGGAGCCAUCCUCUCCUCUGGGGAUCCCGGCUCUGUCCAUUGUGGCGUCCACGGCCAGUUCUGUGGCUCUCAUCCUGCUUUUAGUUGUGCUCUUUGUUCUGGUGCAGCCAAAACUCAAGUCUUUUCACCACAGCAGGAGGGAGCAGGGCGUGUCCGGGCAGUCGGGCUCCAUCAUGGUGGAGGGCGUCCAGGUGGCUCUGCCCUCGUAUGAAGAGGCCGUUUAUGGGAACUCGUCAGAAGCUGGUCCUCCCCCCUCUCCCCCGCCCUCCGCUCCAGAGACCCGAGUGCCCAUCGUGCUGUCAGAGGGCCCUCCUCAGGGGGCCACCGGGGGCUCAGCCCCACACACAGACUUUGACUACUGCCUCCCCUCCACCUCCUCUUCCUCAUACUCCUCCUCGUCCCGCCACAGUCGCAGUCACGCAGAGACUGUGCUGGUGCACCAGGCCCCCUGCUCCUCGUCCUGGGCCAGAGAGCACCCACGGGGCGCCUGUGCCCCCAUCCCACUGCGCAGAGACUCUGAGAGCAGUGACCAGCAUAGUUUACUGUCUGUCACCUCCACAGACGACUACUCUGACGAUAUUCCUCUGCUGAAGGAAGCAUGAGCAUGAGUGACUGUGGCUCCUCCCCCUCAGCCUAAAGACUAAAGACUGUACACAGGCCCAUUCCCCUGCAGCUCCUCUGCCAUCGCUUUAAUCAGAGCAACGCCAAACGCCAACACAGCACCGCUGGACCUCCCAUGGACCGCCCCACACCUCCUGUAUGAUACAGACAUGAGACAAGAUUGUACUUCUCCAUUCUUCACUAAAGCUCCUCUGCGGCUCUCCUGGAGCAGGCCAUAGCCACUGUCAGGUAUCGCUCCGGACUACAGAACGCGUGUGAAGUCCGCCCCCUCGUCGUGUGGCGCUCAGUCCAAAUGGUCUUCCCGGUGUACUUGAAACGCUUUGAGUGACAGCUGGGUCUCUCGGCCCUCUAUGUGAAUGCUGCAUGUUUUCUGUUCUGUUCUGUUCCUGUCACAAGGCGGCCCCAUCUGAAUGAAGCAUGACGCCUCCUCUGUCUCUCUCUGUUUCUCCUCUAUUUUUCUACCUGUGUGAGUGUGUGAGUGUGUGAGUGUGUGAGUGUGUGUGUGUGUGUGUGUGUGUGUGUGUGUGUGUGUGUGUGUGUGUGUGUGUGUGUGUGUGUGUGUGUGUGUGUGUGUGUGUGUGUGUGUGUGUGUGUGUGUGUGUAAAACUGUGUGUAUGGAUUAUCGAGAACCUCCUAACAGGACGUGACUCAUCUCUAAAAAACUCUUCUUUUGGCUUCUGUCGCCAUCGCGUUGUUAAGUCGCAGUGGGGUCCAUUGAUUUCCCCGCGCUCCCUCCUGGCCUCUCCAACCACACGCAGCACCUGUCAUUAAUAAUCCAGCCACCCUUUUGUUGGUUUUCCUUCUGUAUUUAUUGCUUGUCUGAGAUUUCCGAGUGUAUGCUACGUGUGUGUAUAUCUUUUGUGCGGCAGGAGAGGUGAAAGAACAGUUACGCUAGGCCUUGCUACAGCCAUUUUACGCAUUUUGUUCAGACCCAAGCUCACAAUGUCCCAUGUUUUUUUCAGCAUAGGAAAAAAAAACAACAACCCUCCGAGCGUUAAAUAAGUCACAUGAACCGCAUCUUUGUCUGGACAGGCAAUGAAUCCCACUACACCACGUGUGUAUUACUCAUUCAGACACUCAGAUAGUCUUAUUAGCUGGAGAAUACAUGCCUCUACACUACUUUUACCCCAACUGCAGCUGGUUGCAGUGAAGAAAAUUCCCUCCCCAACGCCAAUUGCGAGCAAGAAAGCAUAAUUAUUACAAAUUUUAAAGUGGAACUAAACACUAUAUCGACUUUUUUUGCUACUAAACUAUGCGUAUGUUGUAUUUUCAGUCCUUUUUUUGUCAAUUUUCACGCCAAACUACGUCUAUUUGCAGCUUUGUGGUCAAUUUCAAGUAGUUGUUGACAUCACGCAAGACUGCAGAGACGGAGUUUGAGCUUUUCUUUCACUCUUCAGGUACUACCCGGUUUACUAGCUUGAUUAAAAAUGUAAAAAUGUCUUUGUGGGGGAAGUUUUAAGUGUUUAGUCCCACUUUAAAGUAUUUAUUUUUAAUUUCCAGCUUUGCGUUUUGAGCCGGAAAUGUUUACUUUCCCCAAAAAUCAUCUGUUCAUCACCGUCACCGAGCUAUAUAUUUGAUUAAUGUAAAAAAAAAUUACAAAAAAACGAGAAUGUUGCCUUAGACUUGUACAUUUUAUUUUAUUUUUUUGUGUAUUCUCGAAAGCCUUCGCGUCGGCUGUUUUCCCAAAGGCCUUACUUUAUUAUUAUUUCUAUUCUAUGCAUAAAACUGUCUUGUGUAUUUAUCAAUUACUUAGGCUUUUUCGUGGGCUGAAAACACGUCCAAACUUAGUUCUCCACCAACUCGGACAAUGGUUCAAAAUGGUGACACUUAAACCUAUUAUCAAGCACCUACCUGUAUCUUGUUUCUUUGCUUCUGUUAGGCUGCGAGGCGUUCAAAGAUUAUGGGAAAAAGAAGAAAGAAAAACUCGGAUUGACUUUGCGUUUAAAGCACUGUUGUACGGUGUUGCUUCCCUGGCAUUUACAGGUUAAAAAAAGUACACAUUUGGUUCAAUGCUUUUCACCUUGUUUUUCUCCUCUGUACAUGGCAGUGGGUGUGAAAAUAGUAAUUUAAUAUUUGUAUAAAGUUUAAUUUAAUUUUACAGUGUGUAUAUAACUUUCUAAUUAAAGCUUUCUUUUGGAUGUGAAA